AUGGCCUCCUCCUCUCGCCUCCCACAAAUCUAUUCCCGCUUCCUACGCCUCUCUUCAUCCUGGCCCAUCGACCCGCUCCGCCCUAAGGUAUCCUUCGGGGAAGCCAUCCGCAUCAAUAUUGGCAAAGCGCUCCUCACCACUCCUCCUACCCCGACACCGCCCAUCCCAUCGUCGGGGAAGAAUGGCUCGCCGCCCACGCCUGGAGUGACGGGAGAGCCGCACAAGGAUGUUGAGUCGUUGAGUUACAAGAAGUUGACCGAGGAUGAGAUCCAGUAUGCGGAGAGGGCGGCGGAUGCGCUUGAGGGAUUGAGGACGGGGAGGGAGACGAAGGAUCAUCCCAUGUCCGAAUCCAUCCUGCGCCCAAAGUCUGACCCAGUUUACUACGAGCGUCUCCGAAAAGGAAUCGAAAAGGCGGCGCAGGGCGACCCGUUGAAGCCUUCCUUUGCCAAUCGAGUUAGGAUCUUCUUCGGGGCAAAGCCCUUGUAG